GACUAUAAAACUCAAACAAAAAAUAAUAUUGACUUUGAAAAUUUAAAUAAAAUGACGAAAAUAAAUAUUGAAGAAAUUGACCUAUAUGCUGUGCUUGAUUUACAAAUAACUGCAACCGAAUCGGAGAUCAAAAAAGCAUACAGAAAAAAGGCUUUACAAUGCCAUCCAGACAAAAACCCAGAUGACCCUAAAGCGGCAGAAACAUUUCACGAAUUAUCCCAAGCAUUAGAAAUAUUAACUGAUACUUCUGCUAGAGCAGCUUAUGAUAAAGUGCUACGUGCUAAAGCUUCCGCAAAGUUAAGGCAUCAAGAAUUAGACAGUAAAAGACAAAAACUCAAAGAAGAUUUAGAAAAACGAGAAAGAGAAGCAGCAUCUGGCACACAUACAAACCUUACAGAUUCUCAGAGACUUGCAAAAGAGAUUGAAAGGCUACAAAGAGAGGGAAGUCGUCUAUUAUUGGAAGAGCAACAAAGAAUGAAAAAUGAAAUACAAAAAAGUGUAGAACGAAUGAAAGAACCUGUUUGGGAUCCAAGUUUGAAUAGAAUUAAGAUUAAGUGGAAAGUUGAUAAAACUGAUCAGAAUAAUAGUACUUAUGAUGAAGCUACAUUAAGAAAGUUCUUGAAGAAAUAUGGUGACAUUGUUGCUUUAGUAAUAUCAUCCAAGAGUCGAGGUAGUGCCUUAAUAGAAUUUGCUACUAAGGAAGCAGCAGAAAUGGCUGUUCAGUUAGAAAAAGGCCUACCUGACAACCCUUUAACUUUAAAAUGGGUUAAUGAUAGACCAGUGCUUACUACCAAUAAAACAGUCAAUGGAGAACCAUCUUUGGUAUCAGAUAGAGAUUAUGAGUCUCUAGUUUUCAGAAAAAUGAGACAAGCUGCAGAACGACAAAAACUUAUUGAAGAAAUGAUGAAAAAUGAAAAAUAAAACAAAAUAAGUUCU